CGUGCUUCCAGAAAACUGCAUGGACACAGGCACGACAAAACACCGAAGACCACGCAAGUCAUGCUAUCCAAGCUCUGGGCUUCCGCUGUAUGUUUCUUACUAUUUUGUCUUAUAACUGAAGCAAAGAGAGACUACUACGACAUUAUCGACGUGCCACAAUCAGCAAGCGAGCGCCAGAUCAAAAAGGCCUUUCAUAAACUGGCAAUGAAGUACCACCCAGACAAGAACAACAGUCCCGAUGCUGAGGUGAUCUUUAGGGAAAUCGUUGAAGCAUAUGAGGUCCUCUCCAAUGAUGUGAAGCGGCGACGUUAUGAUGAACUCGGUCACAAGGUCUUCAAGGAAGGCUCCAAGGACGAGACCACAUUUGACUCAAACAUUUUCCAAUUCAGCUUUGAGGAAUUCUUCCAAGGUCUGGGGUUGGAAGAUGACCUGUUCUUGGACUCCCCCGAGGAUGCUUGGAGCUUUCAGAUGGGGGAUGUUGAUGAAGGUGACAUGCAUCAGGGAGGGAGUUUUUUUGACAGUGACUUCUUUUCUUUUUUUGGAGGUGAUUUUAACGAGAUGAGCUUAGACCACAGAGAGGAUGGCUUUCAAGACCCAGAGCCAAGCUUCUGCUGGAUAAAAACACUUUCGGAUGGCAGCAUCACCAGAGUUUGUGAGGAGGAUUAACUGCUGUCUUGACAAAGGGCAUCUUAAUUGUACUUAUACAUAAUUAAUUUGCCUAAAUUCUAUAUCGCCACAUCAGUAAUUCUUAUUUAGUUGGGCUGUAUACGGUAAUAUAUUGCACUAUGCCGUAAAAAUUCUGCCGUGGGAGGAAGUAUAAUAGUUUGGAUGCUGGGUUAAUAAUUCAUAGAAUACUGAUGUAAAUCUCCAAUGGGACACUGCUGUUAUGCUCUUGAGCAAACUGUUCAACCUGUAUUGCUUCUGUUUAUAUCUAGUUAUACAAAUGUAUAGUAUGUAACUUUAGCUUUGCAAGUUACUCUGUAUAAGGGUGUCUGCUAAACAAAUAAACCAUAUAAAAUGCACAAUAAAUGAGUACUACCAUUCUG